UUAAAAUGUCUUCCAGGUCCAGUGUUAAAUGUUUAUUAGAAUUUAAAGUUUGAGAAUGUGUUCAUUCUUUGUUUUGCCAUUAUAUUAGUUCAAAAUUAUUUUAAAAGAACAUUAUGGUUUAUCACACUAACUUUUGGGAUAGUUUAUCAUUCAGUAAAAUUAUCUUGACGGUCAUACAUUUUGCUGGAGAAUAAAUGAUCCCAGAAGUUAUUGCAAUAAACCAUGAUAUUAUUCUUUUAAUACCAUUUUCAACUAUGGUAAUAUAAUGGCAAUAACAAAAUGCAUGAACACAUUCUCAAAUAUCAAUAAACUUUAAAUUCUAAUGAACAUUUAAAACUGGAAGUGGAAGACAUUUUAAAUAUCCAAAAUAAAUAAAACAAGUAAAAAAAUCAAAUGAAUUUUGAAGGACAAAAUUGUCCUUCAAAAUAUGGCUAGUUGAGACUAAAACACUUGACUCAGUUUUUGGUAGAGAGAAAAGAGAAACAAAUCAUAAUAAAUCAUACAAAUGGAAAUCGAGCUUGUUGUAGUUUAUCGUGUGAUUCAUUUAUUUCUUAUGACAGGUUUACAUCUGGCUUUAAAUAUUUUAUUUAUUAGGUUAUCAGUGUUUUACUUCCUGUUAGGACCAGAAGAAGAGGAUGUCUUCCUCUUUGGGUUUCUAUUUUCCAUCUCCACAACAAAGAGCCUGCUGAAAAUGAUUCAUUUGAGUUUCUGUUUCAGCUUUUUAUUUUGUCCUGUGAGCAGUGGGAGGGUUUCAUUGUGUGGCGCAGCAGCUUGAUGCAGUCAGACUCCGGUACCGCCUGUAAUAAGGUGACUGGUUCGCCAUAGCAUCGCUACAACUCGCUCAUCUGAGGUGCCGCUGCUGGGGGAAGAUUUGAGAUCAGACAUCCUGAAAAUAAAGAUCAGAAGGAAGAAAACGUAUUGAUAUGACAUUGCUUCAGACCCAUCUGAACUGCUAAACUACAUCUAAAUCCAUUCUGGUUCCCUUCAGCUCCUGGGAGUUGCAUGCCCAUUUAGAUUUUCUUUUCUUACAGGGAUGUUCUGACAAUCUGUUGAAAUAAAAAUUAAAACCAGAAAAUCCUAGAAGUUUAUUUCUGAAUGUGGAGAUUUGACAUGAAGAUUGCUUUGACUGCUGACUACUUUCUUUUCAUUUAUAACUACUCCUGCACUAGCUUUUCUGUUGUGUCUGCUCUGUUAAACUACACUAGUCCAAUGCGAAUGUGUUGAGUUUUGUACUUGUUGCUCCAUUCACCAUUCAUUCAUCCAUCCAUCUCUUGAAUAACUAGGCAGGGAAGGGAGCGAGUAAAGUUGCUAUGUGCUUUUAGCUCACUAGAUACUUUAAAAUUAUAAAAAGAAAAAUGCAGCAACCAAUGUCUCAAAGUUGGUUUGGGUUUUUUUUUCUUUCGGAAAUAAAUGGUUUUAAUGUUAACAGGAGAGCUACAGUGAAGAAGUUUUCUGUACUUUUAAGACGUGUUUUUAAUCAGUUAUCUAGAAUUUGACAGUUAUUUUAACCUGUGCAUUAUUAGACCGGUACAUUACCGCUACCUACUGGAUUGGAUUGGGGCGUACAGGCUUUGCAGUGGGGGCGAGACCAUCUUGAGAAUAUUUAGGGGGGAUUCAUGGAACUUUAUUAUUUAUCUAUUAUGAAUCUGCCGCGGUCACUGAUUAUAUUUGCUUAAUUUUCUAAAUAUUGUUUAUCAUAUUAAAUUUGUACCAGUUGUAAUAAAAACGAAAAAUUUAAGGUUUAUACCAUCCCUAAACUGUCGCACAAUGGUAUGACCCAGCCAACAUAAGCGCCUAACCGCCACCAACUAACGGUUCUGGUGUUGAAGAUUCCCGGAAAGCUCCUCGUCUUUUAAGUCUUCUCGCUCAUCGCUUUUUGCUUCGUCCUCGCACGUCCAGAAAAGAGAGAAAAUGGUAAGAAUAAACUUUUGUUUCGUUUUGACUUUUCACAGGAAGGGAAAUUAAAACUGCGUUAAUUUUAGCUCUCAAAAUUUUCGCGCUCAUUUGAACAGAGUGAAAUUUAUUAUCCUCGGUAUUAUGAGCAAAUAUUUUCAAGCCUGAUUUAAGUAAAAAAUGCAUUUAAAAUGGUCUGAGACUCUUUUUUUUUUUUUUUUUUUUUUAAACGGUGAUAGUGGCUCAAACCAACCGCUAACUGCUGCAAUUACCGGUCAGUUGGCAGUUAGCCUAAUAGUUAUUAAAGGACUUUGGCGCGCAUUUAGUAUUUGCUCAAAUUAUUUUUCCUCGGGAUAUCCUGAUGUUUUGGGAGUAAAAAAAAAAAAAAAAUCACUUUUAGAAAAAACCUGUCUUUUGACUCCCGCCUUUUUUCCCUUUUAUUUUUGCCGGUGUUAAGUUAGAAGUUUCUUCAACUGAUAUAACGGUCCAUUCAUCUUUUAAGACAAACGUUUUGGUUCUGCUAACGGGCAAUUUAGAACGAAUUCCUUAACUCUUUUCAGCCACAGUUUGGACAAAGAGCUUCAUUUUCUAAGUACAAAACUAUAAACAGUUUGUCAAAUAUUUCUAUCAGUGUAACUGGCUGAUCUUCUUAGUUUAGGGUGACUCACAAAGUGAUACAGAAAAGGGCUCAUCAAUAAAUUAUAUCGAUUCAGUUAGCUUCAUAAUGGUUUUGUUUCCCACUUUGAUUCCGGAUGGCAUGUUUCAUCUGUGUCCCAAUUUAAAAUGAAUCUUUUCUUCCUGUCCAGCGUGAGUGUAUUUCCAUCCAUAUUGGUCAGGCUGGAGUCCAGAUUGGCAAUGCCUGCUGGGAGCUGUAUUGCCUGGAACAUGGCAUCCAGCCAGACGGUCUGAUGCCGAGUGACAAGACCGCAGGAAGAGGAGACGACUCCUUCAACACUUUCUUCAGUGAGACCGGUUCUGGAAAGCAUGUUCCCCGGGCCGUGUAUGUGGACCUGGAGCCCACUGUCAUUGAUGAGGUACGCACUGGGACCUACCACCAGCUAUUUCACCCUGAGCAGCUGAUUAGUGGUAAGGAGGAUGCUGCCAACAAUUACGCUCGUGGGCACUACACCAUCGGAAAGGAGAUCAUCGAUCCUGUUUUGGAUAGGAUUCGCAAACUGGCUGACCAGUGUAAUGGUCUUCAGGGCUUCCUGGUUUUCCACAGCUUUGGUGGAGGCACUGGAUCUGGUUUCACCUCCCUGCUGAUGGAGCGCCUGUCUGUCGACUACGGCAAGAAAUCCAAGCUGGAGUUCUCCGUCUAUCCGGCCCCACAGGUGUCCACAGCCGUGGUGGAGCCUUACAACUCCAUCCUGACCACCCACACCACCCUGGAGCACUCGGACUGCGCCUUCAUGGUGGACAACGAGGCCAUAUACGAUAUCUGCUGUCGGAACCUGGACAUCGAGCGCCCCACCUACACCAACCUGAACAGACUGAUGAGUCAGAUCGUGUCCUCCAUCACGGCUUCUCUUCGUUUCGACGGCGCGCUCAACGUGGAUCUGACCGAGUUCCAGACCAACUUGGUGCCUUAUCCACGUAUCCACUUCCCUCUGGUCACCUAUGCCCCCGUCAUCUCUGCCGAGAAGGCUUACCACGAGCAGCUGACCGUAGCUGAAAUCACCAACGCUUGCUUUGAGCCAGCCAAUCAGAUGGUGAAAUGCGACCCUCGCCACGGCAAGUACAUGGCCUGCUGCCUUUUGUACCGUGGAGAUGUGGUGCCCAAAGACGUCAACGCUGCCAUUGCCAACAUCAAAACCAAGCGCACCAUCCAGUUUGUGGACUGGUGCCCCACUGGUUUCAAGGUGGGCAUCAACUACCAGCCUCCCACUGUGGUUCCUGGUGGAGACAUGGCCAAGGUCCAGAGGGCUGUGUGCAUGUUGAGCAACACCACGGCCAUUGCAGAGGCCUGGGCUCGGCUCGACCACAAGUUUGAUCUGAUGUACGCCAAGCGUGCCUUCGUUCAUUGGUAUGUGGGUGAGGGCAUGGAGGAGGGAGAGUUCUCCGAGGCCAGGGAGGACAUGGCUGCACUGGAGAAGGAUUAUGAAGAGGUCGGAACUGAUUCUAUUGAAGGGGAGGGUGAGGAAGAAGGAGGGGAAUAUUGAAAUGGCCUCCUGAUACAA